CAAGGUUUAAACCAAGGAAUGUCAACAAGACAAGAUAAAACUGACAAGAUGCACGAUGCAUGUGCAAAAGGGCAUCUUCGCAAAGUACGAGAGAUCUUGCAAAAGGACUCGUAUGUCGCCAACAGGCUGGAUCAACGUAUCGGUUUCUUGGGCUAUACUCCAUUGCACGAAGCUGCGUGUCAGAGUCAUGAUGAUAUCUUACAACUGUUGCUUAUCUAUGGUGGCAAUGUGGACGCGAUGGCCGAUGGGAAUUAUACGCCAUUGCACAUUGCUGCGUCCAUGGAUUAUGUGAAAUGCAUUAAG